AUGGAGCGGAGGUCGCAGAGAUGGUCGCGGGGCGGCGCGCGCUCGGGGCCUCGGACGCCCCCCGAGUUCCGCCUCGCGGAAGCCCGGGGUUCCCAGCUCUGGCUAUUCCCCGGCGCCGCGGGCCUCCGCCGCGCGCUGCCCCGCAGGACCGAGGCGAUGCGCCAGAUGUGCUGCACGCAGGGGCGCCUCGUGGUGCUGAAGCGCGGCGGGGCGGCCGUCGAGGUCCACCAGCUGCCGGUGGGGCGGGACGGCGCCAAGAAGCCGAAGUGCAUUAAGUUAGGAAGAAGGAUGAAAAUACAUUCACUGGAUCAAGGAGUAGACCACAUGCUGAUUCUGUCCUCAGAUGGAAAACCGUUUGAAUAUAACUAUAGUGCAGAACGUGCAAGGUUUCAUUGCAUCUUACAAGAAAAAAUUAUAAUUCAGGUCACAUGUGGAGACUAUCAUUCACUUGCACUCUCAAAAGGUGGUGAGCUUUUUGCCUGGGGACAGAACAUACACGGCCAGCUUGGAGUGGGAAGGAAGCUUCCCUCGAUUCCGAUACCUCAGGUUGUGGAGCAGCUCUCAGGAGUCCCCUUGGUGCAGAUCUCGGCAGGGGAAGCCCACAGCAUGGCCUUAUCCAUGUCUGGAAAUGUUUACUCAUGGGGACGAAAUGAUUUUGGACAACUAGGCCUGGGCCACACUGACAAUAAAGAUUCUCCUGCCCUCGUUGAACCCCUGGAUCAUCAGAAAGUUGAAUUUCUCACGUGUGGUGGCUUUCACACUGCCCUGCUCACGAAGGAUGGGCUGGUGUUUACCUUUGGUGCUGGAAAGUUUGGACAGCUUGGUCACAAUUCAACACAGAAUGAGUUAAGACCCUGUUUGGUGACUGAACUUACUGGAAAUAGAGUGACCCAGAUAGCAUGUGGAAGGUGGCACACACUUGCCUAUGUUUCUGAUUUGGGAAAGGUCUUUUCUUUUGGUUCUGGAAAAGAAGGACAACUGGGAAACAGUGGAAAACAUAACCAGCUGAUACCACUUCCUAUGAAAUUGUCAUCAAAUGCAGAACUCAAAUUUGAAAGUCACAUCUCAGGAAAGGUGUUAAUAAUGAUUGCCGGAGGGAAUCAAAGCAUUUUGCUCUGGAUGAAAGCAGAGAAUUCCUAUGUUAAUCUAAAGAGGAACAUUCCUACAUUGAAUGGAGGGACUGUAAAGCGAUGGAUUGCUGGUGUGGGGACUAAGCAGUGGCAAAAUACAAAAAGGGAAAUCAGAGAGAUAUUUUCAUCCCCUGCUUGUCUGACUGGAAGUUUUUUAGAGGAAAGAAUAGCUACAGAAACUACGUCUGUUCAUUUGGAUUUAAAUAAAGCAAGAAACACCUUUAAGGAGUUAUCCCAAAAGGACUGGAUAACUAACACGAUCACCACAUGUCUCAAGGAUAAUCUGUUCAAAAAUCUUCCAUUUCAUUCUCCAUACCAAGAAGCUUUAGAUGUUUUCUUCCUUCUCCCAGAAUGUCCCAUGAUGCAUGAUAGUAACAACUGGGAAAGCCUGGUGGUUCCAUUUGCAGAGGCUGUUUGUAAAAUGAGUGAGCAUUCUUCAAGGGGUCUAGAGGAAUAUUGGGCCUCUCUGCAAGAAUCUGCUUUCAGCGAACUGGUCCAGAUGUUUAAAAGAGCCAUCAUUGCACAGCUGCAUUAUUGGACUGAAAGCACUGAGAAUAAUUAUCACAUUAAAGCUCUCCUAGAAAUGCUGAAAAAGCUGCACAGGGUAAACCAAACUAAAUAUCAACUGCCUGAAAAUAUUUUCAAAGUAAAUGAACUCUCGCACUGGCUUGAUUUUUAUGGAGAAGCAUACAGAAGAUCUUCUUGGAAAAGAAACUCAGAAGCUUCAGUAAACACCCAGUAUCCUGUCAUAUUCAGUCACUUUCCAUUUAUCUUAAAUUUUCUGUCCAAAAUUAAGCUACUAUAUGCAGACUCGCUUUUAAAGAUACAGGAGAAAAAAUUUAGAGCAUGUAUGAGGUUGGUUGGAAUUAUGGAGCAAAGAGAGUCUGAAUUAGCUUUGCUGCCCACCUUGAGUCUAACAGUCAGAAGGAGUCACUUGAUUGAAGAUGUUUUGAAUCAGCUACGUCAGUUUGAAAAUGAAGAUCUGAGGAGAGAGUUACUGGUUUCAUUUAGUGGAGAAAUUGGACAUGGCCUUGGAGGGGUCAAGACAGAAUUUUUCCAUUGUUUGUUUAAAGAGAUGACCCGGCCAGAAUAUGGGAUGUUCGCAUAUCCUGAAGAUGCUUCCUGCAUGUGGUUUCCUGUCAGGCCUAAAUUUGAGAAGAAGAGAUAUUUUUUCUUUGGGGUUCUCUGUGGACUUUCCGUAUUUAAUUGCAAUGUUGCCAACAUCCCUUUCCCACUGGCUCUCUUUAAGAAACUUUUGAACCAAACACCAUCGUUGGAAGAUUUAAAAGAACUGAGUCCUGUUUUGGGAAAGAGAUUGCAAACACUUCUGGAUUAUGAAGGCGAUGAUUUUGAGGAAGUAUUUUUUGUCCUAUUUAAUGUGCAUUGGGAUAAAAAUGAUGUGGACUUAAUUCCUAAUGAAAGUUGCAGAAUUGUCAACCAGACUAACAAGAGAGACUAUGUUUCUAAGUGUGUCAGUUACAUCUUCAACACCUCUGUAAUGGCAGUUUAUGAGGAAUUUCAAACAGGAUUUUACAAAGUAUGUGAUAAGGAGAUCAUUGAAUUUUUCCAUCCCGAAGAACUAAAGGAUGCAAUUAUUGGAAAUACAGAUUAUGACUGGGAAACAUUUGAACAGAAUGCACAUUAUGAACAAGGAUAUGACAAUUCACACCCCACCAUAGUGAUGUUUUGGAAGGCUUUACACAAAUUAACUUUGGAAGAAAAGAAAAAAUUUCUUGUGUUUCUUACAGGAACUGACAGAAUUCAAGUAAAAGGCUUAAGGAACAUGAAGAUAACAUUUUGCUGUCCUGAAAAUUUGAAUGAAAAAGAUCCCAUAAGAGCACAGACAUGUUUUAGUGUCCUCUACCUCCCUAAAUAUUCCACAAUGGAGAGAGUGGAAGAAGCGCUUCAAGUAGCCAUCAACAAUAACAGAGGAUUUAGCUGACCUUCCGUCAUA